GAAUGGAAAGAGGAAGGAUUGAAGGGGUUGUCUUCCAUCUGCCUAUGCAAAUAGGCUGACUCAGUACACCCCCCAACCCUCGCUCUGGGCCCGGUGAGGGCGAGGGAGGGGGCUACUGGGUUUUUUUCUUAAUUCUCACUUCUCUGUUCUCUGAGCUGAUGCGGGAAGGGGCAGUGAGCUCCAAGCAUCCUUUCCUGCAGCCGCUGCCCAGUCUGCUAGCCAGACCCUCUGGAGAAGCCCCCGCUCCCUGUCAUGGGCCCCUGCAGUGGCGCCCUGCACCCCCUGUCUCUCCUGGUGCAGGCCGCCGCGCUGGCCGUGGUCCUGGCCCCGGGUGCGCUGCCUCCCUUCCUGCCCUGUGAGCUGCAGUCCCGCGGCCUGGUCAACUGCGACUGGCUGUUCCUCACGUCUGUGCCGCGCUUCUCGGCGGCAGCGCCCCGCGGGAACAUCACCAGCCUCUCCCUGUACUCCAACCGCAUCCGCCACCUCCACGACUCCGACUUCGUGCACCUGUCCAGCCUGCGCCGUCUCGACCUCAAGUGGAACUGCCCCCCUGCCGGCCUCAGCCCCAUGCACUUCCCCUGCCACAUGACCAUCGAGCCCAACACCUUCCUGGCCGUGCCCACACUGGAGGACCUGAACCUGAGCUACAACGGCAUCAGCACCGUGCCUGCCCUGCCCAGUUCGCUCGUGUCCCUGUCCCUGAGCCGCACCAACAUCCUGGUGCUGGACCCUGGCCACCUGGCAGGUCUGCACAACCUGCGCUACCUCUUCCUGGAUGGCAACUGCUACUAUAAGAACCCCUGCCGGCAGGCCCUGCGCGUGGCCCCUGGCGCCCUCCUCGGACUGCGCAACCUCACGCACCUGUCGCUCAAGUACAACAACCUGACCAUGGUGCCCCGCCACCUGCCCCCCAGCCUGGAGUACCUGCUCUUGUCCUACAACCACAUCAUCACCCUGGCCCGCGACGACCUGGCCAACCUAACCGCCCUGCGCGUGCUUGACGUGGGCGGGAACUGUCGCCGCUGUGACCACGCCCGCAACCCCUGCAGGGAGUGCCCCCGCGGCUUCCCCAAGCUGCACCCCGACACCUUCAGCCACCUGAGCCGCCUCGAAGGCCUGGUGUUGAAGGACAGCUCUCUUCACAGCCUGGACCCCAGGUGGUUCCGUGGCCUGGGCAACCUCCUGGUGCUGGACCUGAGCGAGAACUUCCUGUACGACUGCAUCACCAAAACGGAAGCCUUCCGCGGCCUGGCGCGGCUGCGCAGACUCAACCUGUCCUUCAACUACCACAAGAAGGUGUCCUUCGCCCACCUGCACCUGGCGCCCUCCUUUGGGAGCCUGCUGUCCCUGCAGGAGCUGGACAUGCACGGCAUCUUCUUCCGCUCGCUCAGCAAGACCACGCUCUGGCCGCUGGUCCACCUGCCCCUGCUCCAGCGCCUGCACCUGCAGCUGAACUUCAUCAACCAGGCCCAGCUCAGCCUCUUCGGGGCCUUUCCGGGCCUGCGCCACGUGGACCUGUCGGACAACCGCAUUAGCGGAGCUGCGGAGCCGCUGGCGGCGGCCACGGGGGAGGCGGACGGGCCGGAGCAAGCCUGGCGGCUGCCCCGGAACACAGCUCAGGGCCGGCCAGGUGCCCCUAGCUCCGAGGAUUUCAUGCCAAGCUGCAGGACCCUCAACUUCACCUUGGACCUGUCACGGAACAACGUUGUGAGCAUCCAGCCAGAGAUGUUCGCCCAGCUCUCGCGCCUCCAGUGCCUCUGCCUGAGCCACAACAGCAUCUCGCAGGCAGUCAAUGGCUCGCAGUUCGUGCCGCUGACCAGCCUGCGGGUGCUGGACCUGUCCCAUAACAAGCUGGACCUGUACCACGGCCGCUCGUUCACGGAGCUGCCCCGCCUGGAGGCCCUGGACCUCAGCUACAACAGCCAGCCCUUCAGCAUGCGCGGCGUGGGCCACAACCUCAGCUUCGUGGCGCAGCUGCCGGCCCUGCGCUACCUCAGCCUGGCGCACAACGACAUCCACAGCCGCGUGUCCCAGCAGCUCCGCAGCGCCUCGCUGUGGGCCCUGGACUUCAGCGGCAACGUCCUGAGCCAGAUGUGGGCGGAGGGAGACCUCUACCUGCGCUUCUUCCGAGGCCUGAGCAGCCUGGUCCACCUGGACCUGUCCCAGAACCGCCUGCACACCCUCCUGCCGCGCAACCUGGACAACCUCCCCAAGAGCCUGCGGCUGCUGCGGCUCCGUGACAACUACCUGGCUUUCUUCAACUGGAGCAGCCUGGCCCUCCUCCCCAGCCUGGAGGCCCUGGACCUGGCGGGAAACCAGCUGAAGGCCCUGAGCAACGGCAGCCUGCCCAACGGCACCCGGCUCCAGAGGCUGGACCUGAGCGGUAACAGCAUCGGCUUUGUGGUGCCUGGCUUCUUCGCCCUGGCUGCGGGGCUGCGCGAGCUCAACCUCAGCGCCAACGCCCUCAAGACCGUCGAGCCCUCCUGGUUCGGCUCGCUGGCGGGCGCCCUGCAUGUCCUAGACGUGACCGCCAACCCCUUGCACUGCGCCUGCGGGGCGGCCUUCGUGGACUUCCUGCUGGAGGUGCAGGAUGCAGUGCCCGGCCUGCCCAGCCACGUGCGGUGCGGCAGCCCCGGGCAGCUCCAGGGCCGCAGCAUCUUCGCGCAGGACCUGCGCCUCUGCCUGGACGAGGCCCUGUCCUGGGACUGCUUCGGCCUCUCGAUGCUGGCCGUGGCCCUGAGCCUGGCGGUGCCCGUGCUGCACCACCUGUGUGGCUGGGACCUCUGGUACUGCUUCCACCUGUGCCUGGCCUGGCUGCCGCGGCGCGGGCGGCGGCGGGGCGCCGACGCCCUGCCGCACUACGACGCCUUCGUGGUCUUCGACAAGGCGCAGAGCUCGGUGGCCGACUGGGUGUACAACGAACUGCGUGUGCAGCUGGAGGAGCGGCGCGGGCGCCGGGCGCUCCGCCUGUGUCUGGAGGAGCGUGACUGGCUGCCCGGCAGAACGCUCUUCGAGAACCUGUGGGCCUCAGUGUACAGCAGCCGCAAGACGCUGUUCGUGUUGGCCCACACCGACAGCGUCAGCGGCCUCUUGCGGGCCAGCUUCUUGCUAGCCCAACAGCGCCUGCUGGAGGACCGCAAGGACGUGGUGGUGCUGGUGAUGCUGCGCGCCGACGCCCGCCGCUCCCGCUACGUGCGCCUGCGCCAGCGCCUCUGCCGCCAGAGCGUCCUCUUCUGGCCGCACCAGCCCAGGGGCCAGCGCAGCUUCUGGGCCCAGCUGGGCACGGCCCUGACCAGGGACAACCGCCACUUCUACAACCGGAACUUCUGCCGCGGCCCCACGACGGCCGAAUAGCCGAGUGACAGCCCGGCGCCCCACGCCCCCUCCACCUGCCUGCCCGCCCAGGAGGCCUGACCUGCUGGCUCGGCCACGGCGUGGCUCUGCCUCCCCUACUCCCACCCCUGGCCUAUAGGGGGUGCUCGAUCAAUGCGGCGGGUAGGCCAGCCGGCUAACCCUGAGCUUACGGGAAGUGUGAGUGGGAGGAAAGAAGGCAGCCUUCGCCAGGCUUUCCUCCGUGAAGCGAGGAGGGACAAGAGGUGAUUUGGGAGAAAUUGCCAAGCAGAAAAAGGGAGGGUCCACGAACGCAGGUCUGCAGGGCAGGGGAGGUGGUAAGGGGAGUCGUGUUUACGAGCAUCUUCUCAGGGGAGUCUGAGGAAGGUCACUGAAGGUGGUCUUGGUCCUUCCCAGGCAGCAGGUAGGGUCUCCCGUCCCAUUCAGGCCCCUCCCUACAGGCCCUCCCCUCCCCAUCCCAGGCUGCACCAGGCCGCCCAGGGCCCGCAGGGUCAGCAGCCCUCUGUUGUAUAUUGGCCUCAGGAUCUGCCUCCCAUACCGGCAGGACUGAAACUGCGUCGAGGGCAGAGAACCUGCAGGCCUGCUUCAUCUCUGGCCUCUAGCAAAGUCCUGAGGGGCAGCAGCUCUGUGAGUGUUCAUACCCAAGCUGGGGGGCAGAAAAGCUUUGUGCGGAGUUCAGAGGGGCGUUUGCGCCCUCUGGUGGCCGUGCCUGUGCUGUGGUCAGGAGGCCGGGCUGGGCUGGAGAGAAGCUUCUGGGUAGGUUCCCCACAGCAGGGAGCUGGGAGCCACACAAGGUUCUAGAGUGAGCUCAGAUCCAUCCCUUUCUGUUUUCACCUAGAGUAUAUGCUGGGUCUGUGUGUUCUGACAUCAAAGGGACACCUGGGUAAGCCACCACCUGGCUACAAAGGUGGGGCCUGCCUUCCUGCCCCUGCCUAUCACCGCCGACUGCACUUAGGUGGGAGACACAGCCAUGUCUGAUGAGGGUGGAGUAUGUGUGUCCAUUUCUAUCUAGUGUAGAGUUCCAGACAUCGCUUGGAGAUGACCAUGUUUGGAGAUAGCCAAGUGUGUGGGGAGUUGUGGGUUAUGUCAGACCUGGAGCCUUGGAGGUGGCUUUGGGGAGUACGCGGUGCGGCCUCACUGUCCCCACAGCUGGACCUGCCCUUCGAGGAGCAGAAGAGACGUGUGCAGCCGUACAGUUGGUGCUGGGGCCUGGGGCUGCAGGACAGUGGAACCUGCUUGGCUGGCUCAGGACAGUUGAGGGCCAGCCCAGCCACUCCAGGCCUCUGGGGCGAAAGGCUGAUGCUGGCCGCAGACUUGGCUAAUCUUACACAGCCUGAUUGUGGGCAGCCCCGGGGUUUGGAGGGAGGGGAUAGCUGGGAGAGAAAUGUAAGCCGCCUUCCUCUUUCUUUCUUUCUUUUUCUUUUAAAGAUUUUAUUUAUUUGACAGAGACAGCCAGCAAGAGAGGGAACACAGCAGGGGAGUGGGAGAGGAAGAAGCAGGCUCCUAGUGGAGGAGCCUGAUGUGGGGCUCGAUCCCAGGACACUGGGAUCACUCCCUGAGCCGAAGGCAGACACUUAACGACUGUGCCGCCCCCUGUUAUCUGCUUGCCUGACAGAAGACAGAGGGACUCCUGGGUGGCUCAGUUGGUUAACCAUCUGCUUUUGGCUCAGGUCAUGAUCCUGGGGUGCUGGGAUCAAGUCCUGCAUGGGUCUCCCUGCUCUUUGGGGAGCCUGUUUCUCCCUCUGCCUGCUGCUCCCUCUGCUUGUACUCUCUGACAAAUAAAUAGAAUCUUUAAAAAAAAAAAGAAGAAGAAGAAGAAAGACAGAAAGGUCUGAUCCACCAAUUGGAAGUCCCACAUGGGCUCUGCUCUGUCUUGAGAGGGCCUAUUAGCUUCUGGAGAAGCUGCCCGAGGCAUGGCCUGGCCCCACGUACCUCCUUGGCCUGUCCCUGGGGAGAAAAGAAAACAAGAACUGCCUUUCGGCCAGGCCGGAAUCUAGGGGAGGCCCCUGCCAUGCGGUUCGCGGGCUGAUCUGGCCGCAUCUGGAAGCAGGAGCAGGAAGCAGGGCCUUAUCCAGGGCCCCCACAGUUUGUAUGUGGGGGGCACCAUCUGCCUGUCUCUCAGGACAGCUGCGUCUGCCCUCAGCAGUUCCCACAUAGAAUCCUCAUGUACCCACUCACCCACUCCUGCUCACAGUCCUGGUUCUUUUGGGGCUUCGGAUUCAGAAGAGCAUUUUGGAAAUGAAGCACGGGGUUAUGGUAGGACGGGUGGUUUGGCUUAAGUGAGUCUGAGGGUCCGUGGCCCUUGGUUCAACCUCCAGAAAGAAGUUCUGCUGUCAUCUCCAGGAUCCGAAGGUGCAGAGCUCCUUUAUCCUAGGUCCUAGGCUCGGGUGGGGCUGGAGGAGAGGCAGCUGCCACUGCCCUGGGCUCAGGAAAGGCGCUCAUGGUUGACUCCAGGCCCUCUCCCCCACACUGCUGGACAUCCCCGGCCAUGACCACUAGUUGCGACCUGGCCUUGCAAGGCUGGGGAAGAGUGGGACUCCGGUCGGGCUACCUGGGCUAACCAUUGGCUCUGCCAUUUGGAUUAUCUCGGGCAGGUGACUUCCUGUUUGGAGCCUCAGUUUGCCCAUCUGUAAAUGGGGGGUGGCCAGGGUUACUCUGCCUGCUGUUAGAAGGCUUGGUGCUAGGGGCGCCUGGGUGGCUCAGUCAGUUAAGCGUCUGCUUUCAGCUCAGGUCAUGAUACCAGAGUCCUGGGAUCGAGUCCCGCGUCUGGCUCCCUGCUCUGUGGACAGCCUGCUUCUCCCUCUACCUCUUCCCCUCCCCCAUUUGUGCGUUCUCUCUUGUGCUCGCGCUCUCACUCUCUCUCAAAUAAAUAAAAUCUUUAAAAAAAAAAGAAGGCUUGGCGCUAAUGCGUGUGGAGUUCUGAGAAACUAGCAGCCCUCGGCCAUCAUUGUUAGGUAAGGGGCUGAUGUGGAGGACAGCUAGCUGAGGCGGUAGCUAUUUUCUCUCUGUGACCUGGAGACAGAUCCUGCACCCAGAGCCCUGAACAGGGUUCAGAGGCACAUGUGGUUGAAUUAGAGGCACGUGAAGCUGGGAGCAGACUCCCGGUGUUGCCUCCUGUGUUUUUUGCUGUCGUGGGGGCAGCCAGUACUAGGCAGACAUCUGGGCACAAGACUUAGGACAACCUGAUAGGAGGAAGACGUAAACGUAAGGAAAUUCUCCGUGCUAAGAUUGGAAACGACAAUUCUUUUCUCCCUCGAGGACACUUGCAUGCUCCAGGCAUCUGUAUAUUCUUGGAAAACUUGUACGACAUCAUACAUUUCCAUACUCAAGUCCUUGUUAUGAUGAGGGAGCAGAAGGCUAGCCAAAAACAAAGCAGAAGCUGACGCCCUGCCACCACCUCCCACCCCCCCACUCCUGGGCGGGACACUUAUGACACUCUACCAGGAGUCUUCCAACUAUCUUAAUGCCUUGCCAGAGGGAAGAACCACCUCAGCUUGAUCAUAGCCAGGCCUCCAGUGUCCUGAGGGUCCUCUUUAACAUUAGGAAAAUCCUUUUGAAACCUCCCUCUUCCUUACUUCCCCCCAUCCGUCACUGGUCAAGACCCCUUGUCAAGACCCUGGAGCAGCAGCUCUUUCUGCCCACGGGUCCUAUCCCCAUGCUUUAAUAAGACCACCUUUAUGCACCAAAGUCUCAAGAAUUCUUUCUUGGUCGUUGGCUCUGGACCUCACCCCCCACAAACUUCACCUAUGUUCCAAAAGCACAUCAGUUAGUUAGAAGCCUAGCCCAGCGCCGUAUUUUGAAGCAGUUCACAAACCCUGUCCACUUCCUGCAGACCGUUCCAUCAUCCUGUGUUCUCCCAAACCUGAGCAGCAGUUAGGAGAAAAGGGGAGUGACCAACCCCGUUGACCCAGCUGACUCUGGGUCUAAUGAGAAGGGAGGGGGAGGGGAUCUUGCUAAGUGUUCAGAGAGAAACAGGACCCAUGCUAAAAGUCACCCUGGGAGGAAGGGGUGGAGGGGGUUCCCGGCGUGGGAGCGUGGGGGACAAUGGGAAAGCCCAGCCAGCGCUCCUGAGGGAACAGGGGCUGGGAAAGCGAGUGAGGCGUGUUUCCUGAGCAGAAAGGAACCGUGUGCUGGUUGCGAGGUGACGUGACUUCCAUCAUGCCCAGUGGCCUGCCUAGAUGUGUGGCUUUGUUUGAUGGGACCAGGACUCGGCCGCUCUCUCCGGGGCCAGUCCGGAGAAGGGUGCGCCCCAGGAAGCCGUGCCAGCACAAUGGGGUCCAGAGAGGAGAGAGCACAGCUGCCCUUCUAGAGAUAAGAGAGGGGAGCAAGGCCAAGCAUUCUCUCUGUCCUCCAGCUGCUUGCUGUCUCUGAGCUCAUCUCUGCUUUCCGGGGAAGUAGACUUGGAUGUUUCCCUUGGUCCCUGUUAUGGGCUGAAUGUGUACUCCCCCAAAUCCACGGAUUAAAGCCCUAGCCCCAGUGUGCUGACAUUUG